UGUAAAAUGAUUUAUCAAUAAUUUAGGUAUAAUGGAGAAGUUGUUGUUGAAACUGCGAAUUUUGCUUCUUCUUUUUUUUCUUCUUCUUCUUCAACAACAACAAGCUGAUUCGUAUUCUAAGGUUGAGUAUCUUCCUGGUUGGCAGGGCCGCCUUCCGUUCCCUCUAGAGACCGGGUAUGUUGGAGUUGGCAAAGAUGAGGAGGUGCAACUUUUCUACUAUUUUUUGGAGUCAGAAUCAGAGCCUACUACUGAUCCUCUUUUGGUUUGGCUAUCUGGUGGACCAGGUUGCUCAUCUGUCAUUGCCAUUGUUGAUGAGAUAG